AUGCAUCGACGACUGACAACGAAACAUGACACAACAUUAGACCAAUCACAUCUUGACCGAAGUGGAAGAGUCCAACCAUUGCUAGGCUAUGAUUGGAUAGCUGGUUUGCUUGAUGCAGAAGACACCAUUUCAGAGAGGUCAGAUGCUUUUUUUGAUGAGUUGAAAGACUUCCGUAGAGUGAAUAAGGAGGACUGCGUCUACAGACAAACUGAUGAAAGUUUGAACAAGUCUUCCACGAUGAUUACUGGGCUGCCAAGAUCAACCAUCACACAUCCCACUGACACACAUCAAUGUCUACACAAUUUUACUCUCAACAAUCGCCUCUUCGUCGUACCGGUCCACAGCAACCAGGAAGGAGAGAGUACUUGCCCAAUAUGCCAUGAAUCUCGAACUGCUCAAGUUAGGAGAGGAUCCCCUUCUUACAUAAGGGUCAGUAUUCCUCGGUCAACACUUCGUUCACCUUAUAAAUUGCGCCCUCACAGAAGGCGCAGUUUCGAUGCAACUGAUGCAUUAGGACUUUCACAGCAUUGCCUAGCUGGAUGGGAAAAUAGCCGGCCAUCUAUGUUACCAAUGGCAACAAACAUUGACCUCAAAGAUGCCCUUCGACCUCAGAUUCUGAAAGAGGGAACUGUUGGCAAUGAGAGUCUGUACAAGUCAAGUAAGCGUUUGCCACUUGUAGCAUCUGAGAGAACGCAGCGGCUGUUGAAUCGUUCUCAUUCGUUACGAGUGCAACUGAACAGAAUGAAGAACAAACACGCUUAGUGUCUGCAUGUAUUAUAUAUUUAAAAAUUGUUUUUUGUAUCCAACCAUCUUUAUUAGUUUAAAGUUAUUUAUAUGCUUCGUGUUAUAAUAUCUGUGUAAAAUGCAAGUAGCACUUUAUAAUUAUUUAUUGCCAGUCAUCUGUCCCGGCAUUGAACACAUACCCAGCUCCCUAGGGUGAAUUCCACAACGUUGCAGCUGUAAUCAGAACACAAGGGAAAUGCACAGCGAGGGAUUGAACCUCCAACCUCAAGGUUGAGAAACAGAACCACAACUGCUUCACCAAACCCCUCUGAAUUAAUUAACUGCAUUUUGAUUGCUCCUGAUGAAGCUAGACUGUUGGUAAAAGAUUGUGUAUUAAAUAAUUUAAAAGUUAUUCAAUAAAGUGCAGCUACCAGUGUUUUGUUUUACACAUUUUACCUGACUAAUAACCUAAUGUUAACCUACUGUUAUGAUAAAUCCUGGAAAAACAUCUCUCAGUUAAAACAUUAAAUAGCUAAUUUGAAAAUAUUUGUAUUUAGAUAGAAUUGGGGAAACCCCACAAAAUUUCAAUGAGAUAUAGUUCAAAACAAUUAAAUUUUUUACUGAUAUACUGACUUUCUACUACAAAAAUCAUUUUAAACAGCCAACGGGCUUCGGAUAAUUUCAUUAGGUUUUUAAUGUAAGUUGUAGAUUUCUUUAGAUUAAAAACCAAGUAAAAGUGUACGUACUCUGCUAUGUACUGUCAGCUUCGUUGCCAGACAAACAUAAGCUGAUAGUGGAACAAAACAUAGCAGUGUGUAUACUUUUACUUGGUUUUAAAUUAGGAAUUCUACAAGUAAGUGGUAUUUGCAAAGAGUACAGGAGGGUUAUUACAUAUGUAUUUAUGAUCUGUUAACCAAUAAGAUGUUCUUGUUUUAUUUUUCAAUUGAAAGCUAGUAAGUAGUUAGCUAACCAGUGACGUAUCUGGAAAUCUUAAAAUGGACGGCUGAUUGGGUGUGAGGGUCCUCGUUGAUGAAGUGGUGGGGGGUCGAUGGUUAGGUGAGGAGAUGCUAGCUCACAAAAUAAGGUGAUAUGAGGUGACUUAACUACUUGAGUGGGAUUUUUAUGUGAGGGGAAACUGGGGGUUUCAAGUAUUUUUGGGAGCGUGUGCACCCCCUAGAUACACCACUGCUUAAUAUAAGCAACUAAUAUACCGUAAAACCUUAAAUUGAAGCCCUGGGCUUCUUUUUUUGCAAACUUUGGAUGGACUUCUAUUCGAGGUGGGAUUCCUUUCAGGAUGGACUUUCCUUCGAG